AGACUCAUAACUCAUAAGAGACGAACGUUGGAACAUAUACGGAGUAGCAUGGCUUCUGCUUCUGCUUCUGCUUCUGCUGUAAAUGGAUUAUCCAGAAAUGGGUUAGCCUCAAAUCUUAUUCUCCCCAAUUCAUCAUUUUACGCCCUUCCUAAUUCUUAUCCAUUUCAUCAAAUUGUACCUUCUGCUUCUUUGUUUUGUUCUGGGUUGAAGAAAGUUAACUAUCUUUUGCGAGCUUCUUCUGAAGAAGGAGUUCAAGUUCCAAGUGAGCUAGAAGAAGAUUUAAAGUUUGUUCCUCUGGAUGCUGAAGAUUCAAGUUAUGGCCCCCCAGCCUUACUACUUGUGGGAUUCAAAAUGGAAGAGGCAGAAAAGAUACAGCAGCUUCUGAAGGACUUGGAAGGGGAGUUUUUACAGGUUUACUACUGCACUGAAGACAUGAUUGAUCGCUCACUUUGGGAUGCAGUGAAUAGUACACAGCAGGACUUGGGAAAGUUGAAGAUUGCAAAUUCAGUACCACGGAUAUGCUUUCUUUCUGGACUUAGUGGGGAGGAGAUGAUGAUGUUCAUAGAUGCCUUCGAAGAAACUGAUCUAGAGGAUGCUGUAUUUGCUGCCCAUGUUGAAAACAGCUCGAAUAAACCAUUGCGGGAGCUGAUAGAAGAGAUUAUGGGUGAUCAUGAGAUGGUGUCUGCAAGACAACCAAAUUCUGAGUAGGCAAAUGGUUCACUGAUCUGCUCCAAAGAACCGGAACUUUUGAAUCCUUAUCAUGUGACAGUUUUAUCAACAUUCAACUCUCCCCCUUGGCUCAAGUUUUUUUGGCUAAUAUAUGAAGAGAUGUUAGAAAAACAUAUUAGCAGCACAACUGUUAGAAUGUAAUUGAUGUACGCAGUCAUUAUUUUCUCCUGCUCAUUCACCAUCAUCUUGAUUGAUCAUGGUCGUUGUUUCUAAGAUGCUUCUAAGAUGAUGCAGUUGUUGGAGGAACCUUGUUCAUAAAGAGAAAAAUAAAAUGGGAAUUAUUUUAAGGGAAUUUACUGCAA